AUGGUCACACACAAGGCGCAUAUCAUAUUGCCUCGCAAUCAUCAUAAGAUCCACCACAUCUCACCGCACGCCUGCUACUAUUGUAUCACGACCGGGUGGCUGAAUCAACCGCUCGACUUUAUCAACUUUUGGCGAAGAGCCGAGACCGUCGUCACGUAUUUCACCGGGAUGAAGCCGCGCGAAGAUGACAUGAAAUGGGCGACAAAGUUCAAA